UCAUUUAAACAAUAUGAUUUAGGUUCUAUGAGGGAAGCAAGGAUGGUGAGACUUCAUCUCAGGUACUUUGAAUAUGUUAUCAGGAGGGAACAGUCAAUGGGGAAAGAAAUCAUGCUUGGUAAAGUAGAAGGGCCUCAGAAAAGAAGACACUCUAUGAGAUGGACUGACAUGGUGGCUGCAACAAUAAGUUCAAACAUAGCAACGAUAGUGAGAACGGUGCAGGAUCUGACAGUGUUUAGUUCUGUUGUACAUAGGGUCACUAUGUGUCAGAACCGACUCAAUGGCACCUAACAACAACAACAGGGUUAAGAUGAAGUAUGAACUUCAGAAAAAUUUUUGGUUCUUUGAAAGGAUACACAUGCUGGAAUAUCUCUUUACUUUAAGCUGAAGAUGAGGAAACAGGAAACAAAUGCCAUAUCUACUCCUUUACCACAAUUUAUUAUUUUUGCUUUUUAUUUAUUUAUUUUAUGUUCAAUGGCCAUGUAUCUCUGAACAACUAUGAAAGGGCUUCCUGGAAAAAGAAUAAACAAAACAUGUGUCCUAACUUAUACGGCUCCACUCUCCCAGUUGAGGAGGAUCACAGACUGACAGACUUUGGAAUCUUAAGAGUGGACACUACAUUUUGCCAAGUCACUGGACCCCUGAGCUCACUUGCAGUCCAAGUGAGGCCAUGCAGGAUGAAGAUGGAUACGUAGCCUUAAAUAUUAAAACUCGAAGAUCAGCUUUCACCUCAGCUGACCCUGUGUCCUCUUUGUGGCGUGUGAUGGCUUUUGUUCUUCUGAUCUUGUGCACAGGGAUGGUUGUUGGGCUGGUAGCUCUGAGAAUUAUGUCUGUCACACAGCAGAAUCUCCUACAAGCUGAGAAUGAAAACCUUUCAGGAACUCUGCAACAAUUAGCAAAGCGCUUCUGCCAAGAUUUAAUAAAACAAUCUGAACAAAAAGAAAAUUUCAGCCAUAAGUGCAGCCCCUGCGACAAAAACUGGAGAUACUAUGGGGAUAGUUGCUAUGGAUUCUUCAAGCACAACUUGACAUGGGAAGAGAGUAAGCAGUACUGCUCUGGCGUGAAUGCUACUCUUCCGAAGAUUGCCAGCCAGAACAUUCUGGAGUAUAUCAAAGCCAGGACUGGUUUGAUACGUUGGGUAGGAUUGUCUCGCCAGAACUCUAAUGGAGUCUGGAUGUGGGAAGAUGGCUCAGUUGGCUCAGUUUUCUCCAAAAAUAUGCCUGAACUUCCAGGAGAUGGAAGAGAAAACAUGAAUUGUGCUUAUUUUCAUAACGGGAAAAUCCACCCUUCCUUCUGUAAGAACAAACAUUAUCUAAUAUGUGAGCGGAAAGCUGGGAUGGCAAAGGUGGACAAACUACUUUAAUGAGAGAGAUGAACAGGGUAUCACAGACAAAUGAUUGAUUAUACAAUAAAAAGCCUUGAUGAAAGAAUCACAAGCCAUAAAAUUUCUUAUUUCUCCCUCUCUUCACCAUGGAGCCACCUUUAUAUUAUCUUUGUAUCCAACAUCACUUAACCUUUUCUUUAUACAUCCACAAGUCAGCUCUAUGAGUUGAUCAUUUGCUUUCCAAUUGUUCUGCUUUCCAUUAAUUUCCUUUCUUCCUGUCUUUCAUUCCUCAUUAUCUGGACUUUGUAUGAUUCAUUCUAUAUUCAGACGUUAACAUAUAAAAUUAAACUUGGAACAGUAAAAGGUUAGGGCUUAAUUGGCUUAAGCUAUGAAAAAUGUCUGCAUUUGAAAGACAGCAUAAGAUAGUGGAAAGAGUACUGAAUUUGAAAUCAGUAGAAUAAUUUAGAUGGUGUGGUCACUUAGCUGAAAUAUGAUCAUGGAUUAUUCAAGUAGCCUCUAACUUCUAUCUUCACAUAUUUAAAGUAGAAUGAUAACUCUGUCUUAUAUUCCUCACGAUUCUACAACCUAAAAUCAAGCUUCGGGGUGUUAACCAUACCAGACACCCUGUGAAGGCAAAUGCCAUGACUUUAUUAUUCACUGUUCUGUGUCCAGCACCCAACACAGUUCCUGGCUCACGGGGAACAGAAAAAAAUUGCUUCUCAUUGAAUAAGAUAAUUUACUAGAAACUAACUAGUAAAAGGACUAUACAAAUAUCAUUACAAUUCCAAGUUCACCUCUGCUCAAACUCAAUAGCAAUAAUUUUCUCUGCAGAAGGAAAAAUAAAGUUUGUCAGA